AUGUCGAACGAAAUGGAAGUCGACCCUCCUGUCGCACAAGACGACGCACCUGAGCAGGCUGGCAGCUUUGAGCCACGGACACAGGAGAACUCGGUCGCCGUGCGCAGUAUUGAAGGAUGGAUCAUCAUUGUGUCCAACAUUCACGAGGAAGCAUCAGAGGAGGAUGUCACCGACCUAUUCGCGGAGUACGGAGAGAUUAAAAACUUCAGCUUGAACCUCGACCGUCGGACGGGUUAUGCCAAGGGCUACGCAUUGAUCGAAUACUCAACCCUCCCCGAAGCUAGCGAUGCUAUUCAGAACCUAAACGACACCAAGCUUCUUGACCAGACCAUUCACGUUGACUACGCAUUCGUUCGCCCACCCCCGUCUGCCAAGGGCAAGAAUGGAGCAUCCAAGGGUCGUGGUGGCCGGAAUCGCAGCCGCAGCCCCAACCGAAGUCGCAGCCCUGAAGCCGCCGGUGACCGGGAAUAA